AUGCAGCGAAAUAGUGGGUUAGUUGAAGAGCUCUUAUAUAGUAUGUUGGGACUGGAUGGAGGGUGUAUUCAAAUUAGAAAAGGCGAAGGAAUAGAGGUGGCCUUAAGGAAUGACUUGGGGCGGGAUGAAGUUCGCAUUAUACAUACUUUAAUGGAUAUCUUAGUAGGUGUAAAAGAGAUAAAGUAUCGGAUUGAAGAAGAAUACUAUAAUAAGUCGUAUACUAAACAGUGUUUGCUGAAGGGAAUGGAAAUGGAAAUAGAAGGGUUCUUUAGGCGAGUAGGUGUAGUUAGACAGGGAUACUUAAGAGGAGAAGUAGUGAUGGAGUCCUUGCCUUUUAUCUUUCAGGAAGAGGCUAGGAUCUUUAAGAUCUUGCGGAAUCUGAUGGGGCGUUUGGAUGGUAUUGAGAGUGUCUUUGUUUUAGCGAUGUUAUUAGAUAGUCAUUUGCCAUGGGAAUGUGCCGGGAUAGUAAGUGCAGUAGUCAGACCAAUUAACCGGAUAUUAGUAGGAGUAGCGAGUGGUAAUCGGCCGCUAGAAUACUUUGAAGAGCGCAGUCGGUAUGAUUAUAGUGAUUGUUUUUGGAGUGGCCAUUAUAAGAAGAAAGAGUUGCCUACUUAUCUUAGGGAGAGAGGAGAACUUAUCCUAGAAAUGGGCAAGCUGGCUAGAAUAAGGAAGGCGGCUGGUGAUGCAACAGUAGAGUUAGUAGGAGAUAUUCUAGUGCAGAACAAGUUAAAUAUUGGGUUUAAUGAUAGUUUACUACGGGAGUAUUUAGCUAAACUAUACGAUGCGCCUGAAGUUAAGUCAGGAUGGAUUAGGGAGAUAAGAGAGAUAUUUGCUAAAGUUUUGAUUGAUGGGUGUAAGUUUUCAGAACUAUUUGCCGAACUAGGAGAUAAGGUAUUUGCCCAGCCAGAUGAACGUAUUGUAGCUCUAACCAACCAUAUUCUUAAAACCAGCCGCUUAGAUGAAAAGACCGAAAUAAGUAGAGGGUAUUCAUUUAUUAAUGAAACAUGCAAUCGUCUUGAAAAUCCAGAAGCAAAUGAGCAUCCUAAUAUCUACUACGAACUAGCUAAUAAUUCACUAUCUACAACUUUAACUAGUAUUAUGGAAACAAAAACCAAAAGAACAUUGUAUCGACCAUCUUUACUGCAGGGUUUAGAUCUGAUCUUUAAUCCAAGAACAGUACUUUCUUUCUUCUUUUCGACUAAAGCUAUCUCUGAAGUCAAAAUCUUAUUCCGAUUAUUAUACUCUUUUUAUGCCAUUGAAUAUACCUUAAGCCAUUAUUACUCAGAUUGGCGACUAAGACAAAUACUGCUGGUUUUUACUACAUCUAUGCGUAUGUACAUAACUGAACGAGCCCAAAAAGAAGUCAAAUCAUUGUUAGUAUGUCCUACGAUUUCCAAUUACCAUACUGCACUAGGAACAGCAAUGGCUAGUAUUAUGCAGGAUUCAUUGCUUACCAACCCCAAAUUACUCAGAUUUUACAGUACUUUCUUAUCUCUAUCUUUCUUCUAUAUCGAGCUACCCCAAAAAGAACAUCUAUCUGAAGGAGAUGUUUUAGACCUCUUAUCUCAAUUUCAAAAUCUCUUCCAAACAGCUCUACCCCAUAUCAAAUCUCCCUACCUCUAUACUCUCUUCCACAGCCUUACCCCCUCUUCCGAGCACCCACCAGAUGAACCCAAUGGCCAGGACUAA